GACCCCAUUUAAGGGCUAACUGCCACUAGAGAAGCAUCUCUGUUUGGAGAUAGUGAUCUUUGGAGUUUUUGCUGUAAGCCGAGGAUGUAGUGAUAUCCAGCUCAGAGGCAGAGCCUAAGCAGUCCAGGAGAAGUUCUGCAUCCAUAACACCUAAGAAGGAUGUGACACCAUAGUCCACAGGAUCUUUCUUCUCUUACAUAUUCCUUAAAGAAACCAGAGAGAAAGCAUUUGUGUUGCUUGUGAGGAUUCUCCAGCUCAUCUUCAACUCAGUCAUUCACAUCCAUGGAAAAAAUGGCGAGAAUAUGUUCUGUUUACUUCGGCAUUGUCAUGCAAGCAACCGAGGAAACACGAGAUGAUGACCUCUUCGCUUGCUCUCCUCGUUCCUGCCAGACCACCAUCUCCUCUUCACUCCCUUCACACACAAGCUCUGCAUCAUCCACCUCCUCCAGGUCCGGUUCCGUAACACAGCCUGCAGCCCGCCACUCCCGACCUUUCCCUCAAGGGCGCCGACAGCUGUGAACCCCCACUGCCCCCGCUCCUUCUCCCUCCCUCUUUCGUUUGUUCUCUAGUGAAAUUACAUCUCCUCUGAAGGAGCACACACUGAGUUGGGCGGCGCUGGGCAGUCACUCAGCUCCUGGUUUGGUUGCCCCGGUGCCCCGCUACGGCGCGACACUGCUGCAGUGACGCCGCCGGGCGCUCUGCAGGCUCUGCGGAGCUUUGUGUCCACGCUGUGGGAGCGAACCGGGCUCCGGCAGCCGUGGGGGCAGGCCGAUGCGGGGGUUGGGCUUAAGAGCGGGUAAGGGGAGGUUUUGUGCGCGCUCCGAGGGGACGAGAAGGCGGUGGCAGCAGGGAGAGAUCUGUUCGGAUUACUGAGCCGUCGGCUCCCGAGUUUCCCCCGAACCUAUUUGGCCGCACCACAGAAACUGCGGGCCGUGAACACCAUGGCUAGCGAGAUCGACAACCUGAACAGCCACGAAGCAAAGACGGUAUGCGAGGCGUUGGGGCGCUAUGAAGACACGUUGCGAGGCGCUGUUCGGGAGAUCCAUGUGGACAUUCAGGUGUUCAAGCAAGGCGUGAGUCGGCAGGUGGAUGAGGUGCUGCGCCUCGCUAGCCCCCUGGCUCGCACCGUCUCAGAGCUGCAGCAGGAGAACCAACGCCUGAGGGUGCAGCUGGAGCGUCUUGCUCGGCAGGUGGAGGCCCUUAGCCGGUCGGCGGGACUGCCGCAAGAGUGGCAGGAGGAGGCAGAGAGGAGCCCUCCAGGUGUGGGACCCAGCUCUCCAGUGCCGGCUUUUUCUGCAGACAGGUUCUCCACCCUUGCGAAGCUAGCAGUGUCUGGUCGGAGCCAAAGUGUAGACCUGGAUGACCACCACAAACCUGAGUUUAGAAGAGUUUGUAGUUCUUCCAUCAUUGAAAAUGGGCAUCAGUCUUCAUCAGGUCAGGCAAAAGCCUCCCAUGAGCUGACCUCUUCUUAUAUGUCAGACUCUUCCCCUGAGGCCCAUGCUCCUGUAAUGACCUUACAGAUGCCCCACCUUCCUGUUACUGCAGUAACCAGAACAUCAGAGAAGUUUUCAGGAGAAACCGUUCAUUCAGCAGGAACAACUAGUGCAUCCACUGGCCUGCUUGGACAAAACCAGAGCAAAAAUGAGAUGGCAUUGAAAACUUCUAACCAGUCAGUGAAUGCCACGUCUGUCACUAAGCCUGUCUCUACUGCAAGCUAUGAAGCAAGUAGUGGAAACAAAACUGGUGAAAGUGCAACUGAUAGUUACUGUGGUGUGACACCCAAGCCUCACUCCUCUCCUCCUACUGUACAUCGUCAAGUUGAAAGAAGGCGAGAACUGGUACGGUCUCAGACGCUUCCACGAACUACAGGAACACAGGCCAGGAAAGCACUUUUUGAGAAAUUUGAGCAAGACAGUGGAAAAGGAAAAGGACAAUCCAGACCUAAACUGAAGAGAUCACAGAGUUUUGGGGUUGCCAGCGCUAGCAGCAUUAAGCAAAUUUUGUUAGACUGGUGUCGCUCAAAAACCAUAGGAUACAAGCACAUUGAUCUCCAGAACUUCUCCUCAAGCUGGAAUGAUGGGAUGGCAUUCUGUGCUCUUGUACAUUCUUUCUUUCCUGAAACUUUUGAUUAUAAUAAGCUUGAUCCAGCUAACCGCAAGCAGAACUUUGAGCUGGCUUUCACCAUGGCUGAGAAAAUGGCUCACUGUGAUCGUCUGAUAGAAGUGGAUGACAUGAUGAUGAUGGGCCACAAGCCAGAUCCCAUGUGUGUCUUCACUUAUGUCCAAUCUCUGUAUAAUCAUCUACGACGCUUUGAGUAAAACCAUCACCACCCAUCCAGCCAGAAUGAUCAAGUAUAUUAUGCUAAUGGGAAGACUGACAUUUUGCAAAUAGAACACUGUUAGUUCUUGCAAGCAUGUGGACAGUGAAAAGCAUUCAAUUGUAUUUGCUGACUGAAGUGUUGCUGAGCAGUGCCUAUGUACUUUUGGUGCUAAUAGUAGGUUUAAUUUUUAAUAUUCUUUCAAAGGUUACAGGAAGCUAAAUCUCAGCUCCUGUCUCUGUUAGAAUUACAGAAUGGCUUGGGUUGGAAGGGACCUUAAAGAUCAUCUAGCUCUAAUCCCACCGCUGUGGGCAGGGUUGCCACUCGCUAGAUCACGUCGCUCAAAGAUUCAGCCACCCUGGCCUUGGAUACUUCUGGGAAUGGGGCAUCCAAAACUUAUCUGGGAAAUCAGUUCCGGUACCUCGCUGUCUUCAUGGUAAAUAAUUUCUGCCUAAUAUCUAAUCCAAAUCUCUACCCUCUUUUGAUAGGGUAACUCCUUGUCCUGUUGCUACAUUACUGGGCUAGAAACAGUUUUAUACGCUGACAAGUAAUUCUGCUAUGAAGAUGUUCCCUCCUAAAAAUACAGGUAAAACUCUAGGAGGCAGCUACUUCACUUCCACUUCUUUGCUCAGUAUACCACAGAAGUAAUAGACAGACAAGAAAAAUCCUGUUUAGCAAAUUUAGCAAUAUUACCCCUCCACCAUCUCCAUCCCACUUCAGUGAACGUGUGCAUGCACACAUGCGCAUGUGAAAUAGGCACUAUUCUAAGCUCUGGAGAGCAGAGGUCCAGCAUGGACAGGAAUGAAGCCUUUACAGCUUGUUCAGUCCCCAUGUUCUCUCUCUAAUGUGGCCAGGCAGUGUUCCAAAAAAAAGUGUGAAAUACGUGGGAACUCUAAAAUGCCUUGGGCUAGUAUCUGGUUUCAAUUAAAUUAAUGUUAAAUCAACAGUGUCUCCAUCAACUAGAGUGGGUUUGCGUCAGAAUUGCUAGACAUAAAGUUCAUGUUUUAUCUUUUCUGAUUUUCUGUUUGCUAAAUCAACAUAGCUUUGUUCUCCCAUUGAACACUGUAAACAAAAACACUAAAUAAGCUUUUUUUUUUUUUUCUAGGGCUUUUUAAUGUAUUUCUAUUCUAAGAAUAGUCUAUAUAAAGUAAAAACAGCCAGCCACAAGCCCUCAACUCAUGCUAGAGAAUGGGUUUUUAACCUGCAUUUAUUUAUGCUCUUUGUAGAUAGUUACAAAGAUGACUUUGGCUCUGUGUUGAUGACAGUUUAUAAUAAAACAUAUAAAAUGUUCUUUAGAAUUACUGCUUCUUUAUAGAAGGAUUUUAUUUUAUCCUUCCUUUCCAGUGAAGUUUACUUAAGAAACCAUGAAUGAAGCAACCGCUUUAUCAGACAAAGUCUGAAAAGAAAAAAACAUGUAAAGGUAGAGUAUAAGCUAACUGCUGAAGAGCUGGAUCACCAAAAGCUGUCCACAAUGUGCCUAGCCUGUUUCUACAACAUGCUGGAAACAGCUUGAAAGCAUGUUUUAAAUGUGCAUCUUAGUAUGUUUCUGAAAGAUAUGUGAUUAAACUAGUAGUAAUCCCAGGCACUGCUCAUACAGGUUUAGUGCAAGUGGACAGAGGACAGGCAAGGUGUUUGUAAUGUGUCUGCCAUUGUCUUUGGUUCCUAACUUUCUUGAAUGAUCAUAGUUCUGAUGAAUAAAUUGUUCCAACAAACGCUCUGUAAACUAGUUGUGUUUUGGAGAAAUGAUCAAAUUAGGCACAAUGAGAAAUGAGUCUGCAGUAGGUAUGUGAUGUGCAUAUUUCCAUUCUUAUAGCAGAAUAUUUUUCAUUGACUAGCAGAGCCAAGUUCCACUGCAGCUAUAUUACUGGCAGCAGCAGCUUUAUACAUUUAAUUUGUACACAGUCUCAGGUCAUGAAUGAUUGUCCUGUGUGAUUUGAGUGCUGAGGACAUGGUUAAGUGCUUGGCCAAUUUUGGUCUAGUAGCAAAUAAUUAUAAAAAAGGAAAUUCUAGGCAUAAGUAGUUUUGCCAAUUCAUUAAGGGGAAUUAAGGCUUUUGCUACAGUUUAGCUUGUUCACAUUUACCCAAAAGCUAUUUGUGCAGUUUCCAAAAUUUCUCCCAUUUUAAAGAGACAAUCAUAAAGGUAUCUUGCCAGCUGGGGAGUAGAAGACAGGUUUUAACUCCUGAUGGUUUGUAUAUAAGGACAUGAUAGAUAUGGUAUUAUCGCAUAGUUACAGAAAAGUACAGUGCACUAAAAUGCAUUAGAGAAUGCCUGAUCUAUAAUAUAUAGCCUGGAUGAGCUUGUAUGAUUAAAUUUAAUAAUGUAUGUAAAGUAUGCCCCUGAUGUUUUUUUAGUGUUUCUAGUUAAAAGUAAUACAGUGUGUAUGAAUAUGAUGGUAAAUGUGUUUAACAUGAAUGACAAAGGAACAAUAUAUUAAGUCAGCAUAUUGUAUUUUACACAGAUGGAGUGUCUUGGAUUUUUUUUUUUUACAGUUUCUGCACUGUAUCCAAUAUCCAGUACUAUCUCAGUUUGUUGGCAUCUUUAUCCUACUUCUAAAGUCUGGAUCAAUUUUUUUUUUUAAUGUCAGAUUUUCAAAAUACUCCUAGCAGAGCCAUUACCUACUGUUUAGGUGAUUAUAUUUUUCCUUGUUAAAACUUUCAAAACCCUCACACUUUCAGCCUUUAAACACAUUUUGUUCUCUUUAGUCAGUGUUGUUGUUUACAAGCCAUUUCUGAGCAGUUUUGCCUUAGAACAUAGCACUGAAAUAAACUACAUGCCGGAGGAUUAACCUACAAA